GAUAUUUAGGAAGCGCAACUUUCGCCAUCUUGAUGUUCUUUACCAGGGGAGACUUCUAGACUCCGUCAUGAGUUCGUUAAAGCUGCAGAAGAGGCUAGCAGCCUCUGUUAUGCGAUGUGGUAAAAAGAAGGUGUGGUUGGAUCCUAAUGAAAUUAACGAAAUUGCAAACACAAACUCCCGACAAAACAUUAGAAAGCUGAUUAAGGAUGGUCUUAUCAUUAAGAAACCUGUAGCUGUUCACUCUCGAGCACGUGUUCGUAAAAAUACUGAAGCUAGACGUAAGGGACGUCACUGUGGUUUUGGUAAAAGAAAAGGUACAGCAAAUGCUCGUACACCACAGAAGGAUUUAUGGAUCCAGAGAAUGAGAGUCCUUCGUAGACUUUUGAAAAAAUAUCGCGAAACAAAAAAAAUUGACAGACAUCUGUAUCAUUCCCUGUACAUGAAAGCCAAGGGUAACGUGUUCAAGAACAAGAGAGUUUUGAUGGAAUUUAUUCAUAAAAAGAAAGCUGAGAAAGCGAGAGCAGAGAUGCUUUCAGAUCAAGCCGAAGCGCGUCGUACUAAAGUUAGAGAAGCCCGUAAACGUAAGGCAGAGCGUAUUGCUACGAAAAAACAAGAGUUGUUACAAUCCUAUCAGCGCGAAGACGAAGCUGCUGCAGCAGCGCAGAAAAAGUGA